UACUCAGACCAGUUGGUGCUCACUAACAAACAGUGCCUGAAUUCAAAGACAGCUGCCUUGGCUUUACAAUUAUUGCCCUAAUUUAUAUAUUAAACAUUUCUGACAUUAGGUAAAGUGGAUGGACUUCUGGCAUUCAAGGACGUAAUUUUUAGACCAAGUAAGAAGCAUUUUUCAUAUUGAAGAUGGAUAAUUACAUGGAUGGAAUUGAUGGUGUACUGGCACAGCGUGAAGGCUUGACCAGAUCCAGAAGCAUAAGUAGACCAACUGCCAAGAAUAUCUACCAACAAAGGAAACAGUACGCCCAAUCAUUAUCUACAGCGGUCACCAACUUUCAGCACAGAGUAGAGCACCUCUUGACUUGUGACUUGGACAAAGAACUUCGCAAUGUUGAGGACUGUUUGAAACAUCUUAGUUUCCUUGAGGCACAGGGAAGAAUAUGGGGUCAAGGACUGAUUCUACAAUUGGAAAAUGGAGAAAUAUUACUGAAAGACCCAGAAACCAAGGACAGUCUAGAGCAAUUACCUCUGCAAAAUGUUGAUAACUGCAGUUCUGUGUUGGGGGGCUCUACAUACAAUUCCCUUCUCACCAUUAAAGUUCAGACUCAACAGAAAACAAGCAUCUUCUUCUUCCAAUGUGAUGAACAGCCGGCUGAUGUUCUUCAUGCAAACCUAGAAAAGGCAUUAAAGCAAUUCAGAUUAAACAAAGAAAGCAAGGAUACCUACAGGUAUAACUUGGAGAACUCUCACCCUCAAAAUAAUUUUUUAGAAAGGAGUCAAUCACCACAAUCCAGUGGAGGCUGGGACAGUCCCAGAAUGGAAAGGCAACCAAAAUACUCCCCCCGUGAAUCCCCUAUUCAGCAGAGGAGAUUUGAGCUCUCUGAACCAGUCCAUCCUCCUCCAAGCACCAAGCCUCCUCCAUCCUUCCAAGCAGCCCCUGUCAAUUCAAAGUCAGAGACAGAACGUGACAUUGAAAUUUUGAAUCAUCUUCUUGGAGACAUUGAGUUAUUUGUUGGAAAACUGAAUAUUGAUAAGAAGAAAAAGAAAGCAAAGCUUCCUGAAUCAGAAUUUGUAGAUUGUCUGCAGAAAGCUAAAUAUGCCUUUAUUCUAAUGGGGAAUGUCCACGAACAAAUGAAACAACCAAGUGCUCCAGAUCUCAUCCAUUUGAUGAUGGAAACCCUGGCCAAGAUUGUAGACAGGUGUCCACAAAAAGACUUGCCACAGUCUGUGUUAUCUCCACUGCUUACACAGAAGGCACUGAUGAUUAUGAGUUCUUGUGUGACAGACAAAGAAAGAAAAUUCUGGGAAAGCCUGGGAGAUGCCUGGAUGAAGACCAGAGCUGAAUGGCCAAAUGGAAAGAAUAUACCUCAAUAUGUUCCAACUUUUUCUGAUGGGUGGAUCAUCCCUGAUAUCCCCUUUAGUGAUGUUUCAUCCCAGAUGUCACGUAGUCCUGAAACACCACUACGAAACAGGCAAUUUCACCCACUCCUCAUGAAUGUCCUUCAUGACUUUGAAGCGAGAAAUAAUCGCGAACUGUCAGUAAGGAAAGGAGACAUUGUGAAGGUUUUGGACCAGAGCCGGCAGUGGUGGAUGGUGCAGAAUUCUCAGGGCCAGCAGGGAUUUAUUCCAAGCAACAUCCUGGAGAACACAGAUGAUGGUCAGGCUCCUGCAAGUUCAGUGGUACUAAAUCCAAGUUCUCGUCCAGAGGAGGUGAAAGCGUGGCUUCAACAGAAAGGCUUCUCCAAUAUCACUGUGAGAUGUCUUGGAGUUCUUCAAGGAGAUCAGCUUUUGGAGCUAACUCGUGAAGACUUGAAAACUGUGUGUCCCGAGGAAGGGGGUCGUGUAUAUUUGCAACUGAGCACAGUGAGAGGAUCUCUUGAGACAUGAAACCACUAUGGGAUUGUUGAGAAGUUGCAAUACAUUUUCACACUCGAUCUGUGAGGACCGCCAAAAAGAAAUAUGUGGAGUGAAGCUGUAUCUUUGUGUCACAGUUUUUUUUCGAUUGAUCCUUGGACUUAAAACAAUAUAAUUUCAAUAAAUUAUUUUUAAAAUACCAUAAAUAUCCUCAAAAUGC